AUGAAGAUCUUCCAACUUGUCGCGAUUGCUUCCCUCACAGUCGCCGCUUUCAGUAGCCAGACAUUUGCCCAAACAACCCCCUCUGCUGAUGCGACGGUAGCUACCUCUACUGAUUCGACGAUAGCCGCCUCAACUGAUGCUGCCACAUCGGCUUCAACUUCUUCUUCAGCACCCGCUGGUGCCGCUGUGGAAGUCUUAGAUGCAACGACCAACGCGAACGCGACAACAAGCUCCUCAGGCUCAGAUGCCGUGGGUCUAGACGGCUCAACUAUGGCAGAUGCGGUGGGUGUAGAUCACUCAACGAUGACGACAUCGUCGGGUAGCACUGAGGACAAAGACUCUGCUGCUACGGUGGACGCGAGCGCAUCGGCGUCAGGAUCAAGUGAUGCUUCAAAGGUUGGAGGUGUUAUGGGCACCGCGACGGCUGCUGUAUUGAUGGUGUGCACGUACUUUUUCUAA